CUUCCUCAGAUGAUGCAGCCACUCCUGCUCCUGCUGGCCUUUCACCUGCUUCCUGGAUCUACAGCAGAGGAGAUCAUUGGAGGUCAUGAAGCACAGCCUCAUUCACGUCCAUACAUGGCGCUUGUGGAGUUACUUCAUGAUGGCAAGUGGCGAAUGUGUGGUGGUUUCCUUGUGGAAGAAGAUAUUGUCCUGACAAUAGCUCAUGACCCAGGAAGCCCCGUGAAUGUCAUCUUGGGGGCCCAUGAUAUUGAUUUGCAAGAAAAUACACAGCAGAAAAUUCCUGUGAAAAAAGCCAUCCCCUACCCUAUCUUUAUCAAUGGGUCUGGUAGUAAUGACAUCAUGAUACUACAGCUGAAGACAAAGGCCCAACUGACUGCAGCUGUGGGCCUGCUCCCCCUACCUGGAGAAAGUGACCAGGUGAGGCCUGGUCAGGUGUGCAGUGUGGCUGGCUGGGGACGGAUCACUGUGAAUGAAACAACAAGCAAGCUGCAUGAGGUGGACCUCAUCAUUCAAGAGCACUUCCAGUGUGAGCGCCACUUCCGGAAUUAUGACAGAAUAUCUCAGUUGUGCGUGGGAGACCCUCAGAAACAGAAGUGUUCCUUUAAGGGAGACUCUGGAGGUCCCUUGGUAUGCAGAAAUGUGGCGCAGGGCAUUGCCUCCUAUGGAAAUUUAGCAGGAACUCCUCCACGUAUCUUCACCAAAAUCUCCACUUUCUUACCCUGGAUAAAGAAAACAAUAAAAGGCCUCCAACUAGAAGAAUCACCCUGA